UCACAGGACACGUGCCCACUGAGCUGCUGGACAGUCUGUUGAAGGCAUGCCUCAGUGCGGAGCUCUCGACCGAUUCAGAAGAGGAUGUGCUCUUUCAGUAGAUCAUCAUCACGCAGCACUAGAAUCAAAUUAUUAUCGCGUGUCGUAGUAGGCUACUUCAGUUUGGGCUCGACUUUACGCGCUGACAGGAUGCGCGUGCAGGGAUGAGAAAGGCGUUUUCGCAAAUCUCGGUUCCGAACAAAAGGCGUGGUUUUCUUCGGAGGUGUGCAUCAUCCUGCUCUUGCAAUACCAGUGUCAUCAUGGCCGCCUUCAAGGGUGUGUGGACUCAGGAAUUUUGGCGAGCUGUUGCAGGAGAGUUUCUUGCCAUGUUAAUAUUUGUGCUGCUCGGUCUGGGAUCCACCAUCAACUGGACGGCGAAUGAGGAGAAGCCUUCGGCCCCUGAUCUUGUCCUCAUCUCUCUCUGCUUUGGCUUGUCCAUCGCAACCCUCGUCCAGUGUUUCGGCCACAUCAGCGGUGCCCAUAUCAACCCGGCUGUUACUGUAGCAAUGGUUGCCACACGGAAGCUGAGCCUGGCAAAGGCUGUGUUUUAUCUGUUGGCACAGUGCCUGGGUGCGGUGGCGGGAGCUGCGAUCUUGUACGGGGUGACCCCAGCAUCAGUGAGAGGAGGACUGGGAGUAACUUCUGUCAAUCCUGACAUCUCCACUGGCCAUGCAAUUGUGAUAGAGCUCAUAAUCACCUUUGAACUCGUCUUCACCGUCUUUGCCACCUGUGACACCAAGCGCAAUGAUCUCAAAGGUUCGGCGGCAAUGGCGAUCGGCCUAUCAGUGUGCAUUGGCCAUCUGUUUGCUAUCCCAUACACUGGAGCCAGUAUGAAUCCAGCACGCUCCUUUGGGCCUGCGAUCAUCAUGGGAAAAUAUCAUGACCACUGGGUGUACUGGGUGGGUCCAUUACUAGGGGGCGUUCUGGCUGCCACCACGUAUGAAUAUUUGUUUUGUCCCGACCCUGACCUCAAGCGUAUCUGUGCCGAUGUCCUCUCCAAGAGCCCGUUCCACAUCGACCCAUAUCAGGUGGUCACAGAAACUUUUCCCAAUGAUCACGCUGAUCUUAUGGUUAAGCAGGCCACAAUUGUAGUGGACAUGGACAGGUCAGAAAAAAAGGAGAAAGAAUCCACUGGAGAGGUGUUGUCAUCUGUAUGACUAGCAAGAAAUACUGAGAAAACCCUGCAGAACAAUUACAGCAAUGACAGACUGAAGGAGACAGAUUUGAUUUAGAGUUUUUGGGUAGAGGCUUUUCAAAAUUUGCUACAAAGUUACACCCAAACACUUGAUUUUUUAUGAGUAUGAAUAAGCUAUAAACUAAUGGUCAUAUUUCAUACGUAUCUCUUGUAAUUACACACCUCUCUGUAAUCCAGCCAGGGGCUAUAUCCGUAGCCAAUAGAAAUCCACAUUGAAUUUCUAAACCAAUCACUGCACAUUUCUUUAGCAGAUGCUUCCCAUAAUCCAUUCUCAGGGAGUCAGCUGCAAUAAACUGAAUGGGAUUUUCACACAGGUAAUUCUUACAGUUUUGUUUGGUCUACAGGUUAUUACCACCUGCAAAUCGGGAGUCAUGAUUAGGUCCUUACUAGAGUAAUGCAUAUCAUUUUUCUUCUUAGUGCACUAUGUAUGUAUUAACCCCUUCACUUCCUUCAUAUCUCAUGUUGUAUAGUGUUUUUAAAUUUGCUCUUUAAUGUUAUGACUGUUUUUGUUUUUGUUAUGUUACUUUUACUAAUCUGUAGUAUUGCAGUGAAUGAUUUAUAAUUUUUAUUUUAUAAUUGAGCCUUAAAAUGCUAUUUAGAUUUUUAAUAGAUUUAUAUACAUGUUAACUUUCAGAUGAUUACAAAAAGUUUCAUUAAACAUAUUUUUCAUAUAAAUAUUAAUGUAAUGUGAAAAAUGUAUUUAUACAUCUGCAUUUUGCAUAAAUUUUUUAUUUAGGCAGUGUUUUGCCGUAAUUAUUAUUAACUAUUGUUAUUAUUACACUUUAAAAUGCUGGGUUAUUUUUAACUAAUUUUAAACAUAUUUUAAACCCAGCUGUUGGGUUAAAUUAACUUAAAAAUAUUUAAAUAAUACUAAAUAAUUAAUAUUAUUAUUAUUAUCACUGAUUUGUAACAUUUAAUGCAUUUACAUCUCUUUACCAGCAGAGAGCAGCAUAUCCUUAAUCACAGAUGUCAACCAAUGAGUUUAGUAAUACUAAGCAGAUUUGUUUAUCUUUAACAUUUUUCUGAUUUUUUCUUUCUUUGUUUGGAGGACAGAGGAGAGACAGCUCCUCUCUUUGCUUUAAAAUAAACAAAUACUCUACUGUAGAAAGGC